GUCUGUCAUGCCCUGAUCACCUCGCGCUGGCAGCUCCAUCCCAGUGUUACCAUGGUGCGUAAUGUUUCGAUGUUGGGGAAGUGGAAGGGGGGAAUUUGUGACAUCACAUGCUGGGUCUGAGGUUGGAUAGCGAGCGAGAUAGAGAGUAAAAGAGAGCGAGAGAGAAAGUGAGGGUGUGGAAAGCGAGUGCUAGGCGCACACGGAGCAGAGAAAGGAGAGGAGCAAUUUCAUCCCGCUAUGAGCACAAUUGUAUCCAUCUAUCCAUUAGUGCAGAGACAUUACCCUUUUUAUUAACCUUUUUUCUCUUAUGUUAACUAGAUUCCAUCUUAUUUUCUGCCAAGCGCUGUGCGUAAAACAUUGCCGUUAUCCGAGGAGAGUUUGGAGUCAAGCAGUGCAUCAGGACGGGCCUGGAGAACCCUGGUCUAGAAGGCAGAUUAAGUUUCUGCUCAGCCAGGUGGUUAUGUCCGGAGUGCGCCCAGGGUGCUUUGAUUUGCCUGACUGUUGACCUCCACCUCCACUGUAGAUCUCCAAGGUUCGAGAAGAGAUGGAAAAUCGCGAACCCUGAAACACUUCGGAGAUACAAGAGGGAGUAAUGAAGUUCGAUGAGAAAAGUGUCUGUGUUCUGAACGUGGGGGGUACCCGUUAUGCCUUCCCGGCGGAAGUCAUCCGUGAUUUCCCGCUACAGCGCGUGAGCCGCCUGCACACAUGUGUUACAGAGAAAGAAGUUUUGGAGGUCUGCGACGACUACGAUCAAGACAGAAACGAGUUCUUCUUCGACCGUCACGCGCAAGCCUUUGUCUUCAUUAUGCUGUACGUGCGCUCUGGAAAGCUUCGGUUCGUCCCGGGAGUGUGCGCGAUCUCAUUUUACAGCGAGAUGCUGUACUGGGGACUUGGGAGCGCGCAUCUGGAGUUCUGUUGCCAGCGGAGACUAGACGACACCGGGUACUCGGAAGAGGACCUGAUUAUGCGCGCUGAGGAGAACGAGUCACCGAGCGAAGUGGAGAUGGAGCAAGGUUCUGGGUGGCUAGAGUGGAUGCGCCGGACAUUUGAGGAGCCGGGGUCAUCGGUGGUGGCUAAACUCCUUGCCUCACUGUCCAUCAUCUUUGUAAUCGUUUCCAUGGUGAUGCUGUGCAUGAGCACCCUUCCAGACUGGGACACCGCCAAACAAAACACGGUGGAGGAGCACAGGAUUGUGGAGGCGGUGUGUAUUGGUUGGUUUACAGCAGAGUGUGUGGUGCGUUUCCUUGUGGCAAAGGACAAGCUGGUCUUCCUGUGUCAGCCACUGAACCUGAUCGACGUGGCAGCCAUCACACCUUAUUACAUCUCCAUGGUAAUGUCAGGUGGGACAGGGGGGUUGUCGGGCGUCGCAGGGGUAACCCUAAGGGUUCUGCGGAUGAUGCGCGUGUUUUGGCUGGUGAAGCUGGCCAGACACUUCCUGGGCCUGCAAACUCUGGGACUAACACUACGCCGUUGUCGUAAUGAGAUGGCCACUCUCGCCAUCUUCCUCACAGUCGCCACAGCAAUAUACAGCGCCUUGGCUCAACUCCUGGAACAUGGCCUCGACCCGGACCACCGUAACCUUGACGACCGCAGUAACAGAGGAGGAGACUAUGCCAGCAUCCCAGCUGCUGCCUGGUGGGCUGUUAUCUCCAUGACGACUGUUGGUUACGGGGACGUUUACCCGGUAACAAUUGGCGGGCGCAUGCUUGGCGGGCUGUGUGUGGUCAGUGGCAUUGUUCUUCUGGCGUUACCAAUAACCUUUAUAUACCACAGCUUUGUCCAGUGUUACCAUGAACUAAAACUCCGUUCUGCUAGGUACACACACACUAACACACACUGAAAACACACAUAAGCAUACAUAUACGGACCAUGAAUAUCAUAAUUUUGGGUUUUUAUUAAUUUCUGAAUUUGUUUUUAAGUCAUUUCCGUUUAUACCAGAUUUGCUAAUAUAUUAUUUUAUUUUUUAGGGACAGGAAGCAUGUUGGAGGCUAGGAGCCAUAUGAUUUAUAGUUUUUGUGUUUUGGGGAUUUCUCGUCUCACCACUGGUGGAGCAGUACUACAUAAUGCGGGUCAGGUCAAAGGUUAGCUCUCAGUUAUUACAUUUAAUUAUGAAGGAAUACUGCCUAAACUAGUACAGGAAAUACGGAAGGAAACUUAAUGGCCCAAGUGUAAACUGUGCUCACUCUUUGGCUUAUUCUCUAUGCUCGUUACUUAUCUGAUUUCGAUGCACAAGCUUGGCUUAUUGAAUAGAUGCUUUUACUUUAUGCAAGUCACGACACACUUACGACCAAGCAGGGAUGUGCCCUGUCAACUCCACCCAUUCAUCAUAGCAUAGAUUUACAUUUACAGGCUAUUAGUUAUUUUAAAAAAAUGGAGGGGGGGGGGGGUUCUCAUGUGCUUGUAAUGUUUUUUUGAUUGUGCCUUGAAAAGUCACUAAGAUUAUAUUUGGUUGUGAUCUUUCGGGUUGGUUGUGAUUCAGCAGUUGUUGGAGUGCUAACUCAUUAACAUAGGCUGUCGCAAAAUGCCAAAGACACACUUAACUGGAGGAAAUUGAAGUGUUGUUUUUUUUAUAAUGCUGUUGAUUUGUGAUGAUGACAUUAACAUUAUAUUAAGCAGUACAUUCGUACAAGCCUAAAUAUCCUAUUAUAAUAUUCAAAGAAUUUGAUUAUUAUUUUUAUAUUAUGGCAGCGCUGA